AGUUGUUGGUUAAAAAGAAGUCAAGAUGUCGAAUAAAGAACGACACGAUCUCUUUUACAGUCAAGCACGGAAUGUGUUGAAUUAUAACGUUAAAAGAUUAUGGUUUAAGAUUAAUCCCUUUUUGGAGAAGAAGAAGAAAGAUGAAACUGACCCGAGCGAAUUUAUCCAACCUCAUCAAUCCACGGUUUUAUGCGAAAAACUCAGUUUUUCCGGUGAUAUAGAUCGAAAAGAGCAAGAAUUGCAAGUGGGUGAGUUUUGGGACUAUCUGUAUUCUGACAAAUGGGAACAUGGGUGUUCGAUAAGAAUUCUCGAGGGUCAACUCUUUGACCUAUUACAGACAAAACUCCACAUCCUGUUAAAGAAACACAUGAUCGUUCAUCAUCGAACCUUUGCUUUUGCCAGAAACAGAAGAGAAAAACGGGGAUGUUAUAAAUUAGCAAACGAAAAGGGCUGUGGGGAAAUAGAAGAAAUCCUUUUGCUGGAGUUCAUUUAUUAUGGGCGUCGUGUGGAACCCAUACGCCAGUAUGGAUCUACCUGCAGUUCCUAUCCAGGAACCAGCACCACCACAUCUGGAAUGACCUCACAAAGAUCUCCCCCUCCCAGCGAGAGAGAGGAGGAGUUCAAUCCGUUAAUUAGAAGAGCCUCCCUUGAUAGUAAGGUUUUAUCCCGAACUCUACCGGCCAUUAAACGCAGACAUACCACUCCAGUCAAAAAGGCGCCAAAGGGAAGGAGGUCAGCAUCUCGAGAACGAGGCCAGGUCUCAGAGAGGAUAAAAUCGGGCGACAAGGGAAAAAGAGCAAUUCGUCAACCAUUUGAGGUCAUUCCAAAAGAGAUCAGCAGUGCGAGCUCUGAUAGUGAUUACAGAACCCUUCCACCAACCACAAACCUUAAGCAAUUUAGAUGCACGGAAAGAAUUGUUUAUGGAGAUGAUUUGGAUACCAUCACAGAAGAAAUAGAGUUGAAAGAGGAGGACUUCGGAUUCGGUGAAGAAUUUUAUUUGUCUGAUAUAGUUCGAGAACCCUCAGCUCAAAUUGAGCAGGAAUCUGUGGCCAAAAAGCUAACGAGAUGCAAAGUAGAACUUCAAAAGAGAAGAGAAGAAAAGAGAAAACAAGAAGAGUUUUGGACUAAUAAAAAGACCACCAGUCUUCCUCCCAUGCCUAGUUUUGAUAUCGAUCAUAUUCAGCUAGAUAAAACAAAGUCCGAUAUACCAGCCUUCAAGUUUAAAUUUUUGAUACAAGAAGUUCCAAGUUUUGAAAGAUUGAUAACCAUUUUGGAAUCUGAAGAUAGAUUUGAUCCACGCUACCGCCGCUCCAAACAAUUGAGCAAGAGAGUCGCCAACAGAUACAAUCUUACAAAAGAUGCCCUACACCAGCGGAAUCUGGAAACAGCGGAACUCAACACUAACUUGAAGAAGAGGUUUGAGAUGCUGGGUAAACUUGGCAGCGGUGGAAAGAAAGAAGCCAAAGAAUCCAAAAGCCGAUCACACAUGAUGCAUGAUGCUGUAUCAUCUGCUGCUGUUGUGCCUAAGCAAGGAAAACCUGUCAUCACAAAUAUUCAAACGUUUGAGGACACCGUCGGUGAAAUGGCAGUGAAAGUCAGGGGUUUGACAGAUUCCAGAGUGUGCGAGAAUCAUGUUCUGAAUAAUGGCGGAAAGAAGAAACCAAGUAAAGACCGUAAAAAGAGUAAAGCUAAAUCGGUUUCAAUAUCCCCCGUCACUCCUAAAACAAUAUCACCCAUUUCCCCCAACACUGUUCCAGAUAUAGUUUUGACAACGCCUUCUGGUCAGUCUUGCAACCUCUCUGUGAAAUCCGAGGCUGAUACUCCCAGUGUCAAGUCCAUGUCUCCGCCGUCCCGCGCUUCACCCAGAGAAGUUAAAUCAGUAGCCGUGAAGAAGUCGGUUAGAAAGAAGGAGAGCAGACCGGGUUCGAAAGCGGGGUCAAAGAAGUCGAUAGCCAAGGCUAAGUCUACUUCUGGUAGAAAGAGUAGGGGAAAAGCAAGUCUAGCGCCAUCGUACAUAGAAUCAGAUUCAUCUGAUGAAGACGAUACAACAAUUUCCACUUGUUUUGACACUAAUAAACUCAACUUCCGGUACAGUUUUGAAAAACUUAAAUGUCCGAAAGGCGGGAAGAAGAAAAAACCCGCUUUCUACGAAAUUCUUAGAAAGUAUUAUCGUGUUCAGAAAACCCUAGAUGCUCUCACACGACCGAAAGACUCGAAAGGCAAAGGUAGAAAAUCUAUUUUCGAGAGAAUCUUGCAAAAGCAGACAAUCAAAAAGACUGAACCAGAAUUUGUUAUUGGGAAGAUGAAAAAAUUUUCGUUCCUGAAUUAUAAGAAAAAGCCAACAGUAGGAGCUGAAGUGCCUAAUUUCUCCACAGUUUCUAUGGUCGAGUUUGAAGAGAGGUUGUUCAAGGCUUUAGAUGACUUUAUUGUACGCAAAGAACAUGUCGUCUCGAACCUCAAUGGAAAAUCCGUCACUGCUUUAACAUUUACCAAAAAAUCUGCAUUCAAAGAAAAGUGUAAUUUUUGAAAUAAGCACCAUGAAAUGUUCAGUGCUGGCUCCUGAAUUUAAAGCAUAUGUUCAUCUUUAUAUUAUUUAAAGUAUACUUCCUGUUUACUUUUACUAGCUGUUCAAUUCAUUUUGUUUAAUAAGUCAGAAAAAAAAAUCCAUAUAUCCGAUAAAGUGGAAUUGUACAUGUAC